AUGUCUUGGGGCAAUACCGACGCUGGCGGUGGUGACCAGUGGGGUGCAGGUCACGGAGCUACUGAUGGCUUCCACGACGCCAACUUUGGUGACAAUGAUCAGUUUGAAGGUGGCACCACUUCUUUCGACAACGGAGGUGGUGGCGGCUUCGGCGAUGGUGACAUUGAAGGUGGUGGCGGCCGUCUCAACGGCGCUUGCUUCAACUGUGGUGAGGAAGGACACAUGAAGGCCGACUGCCCCAAGCCGCGUGUCAUGCGCUGCCGUCAUUGCAACGCGGAAGGCCACACUAUGGCCCGUUGCCCUGACCCGAGCUGCCCUCCUCAGGAGCCACGCGAAUUUACUGGAGAAUGCCGCGUGUGUGGAAAAGAGGGACAUCGCGCCGCGGACUGCCCUGACAAGCCUCCUAUGAUUUGUCGAAACUGCGAAGAAGAAGGCCACGCCGCUUCUGACUGCAAGAACCCUCGCAAGAUUAACCGCGACAACGUUGCCGAGGUCAGCGCUGAGGAUGCCUGGGCCAAGAUUACCCAAGGUGCUCAAGACAAGGACAUGGACGAUGUCAAGGAGGGCAUUCUUGAGUACUGCAAGGCCCUGCCCGAGCUCACGUAUUACGAGCUCGAGACUGCGUUCCGCAACUUGAAUAUCGGUGUUUACAUCAUCGCUGUCGAGAAGCCUCAGAUGAUUGGCGCCCUGACCAACAUGGAUCUUCAGGGCAACCUGAACAAGAAGUACCAGGUCACUUACCGCUUCCAAUCUGGUCCCGCUCGCGCCCGAGAGGCGCAGUACUUCCCAAAGGGUACAGCUGAGAACCUGGAGCGUCUUAAGGAUGCUGGUGAGCCUGUCAACAGCGGUUUGCUCAAAUGCAACAACUGUGAGGAGUACGGCCAUACCUCUAAGUCCUGCCCCAGUGACAGGGUUGAGAAGGAACGAGUCGUAGUCAAGUGCUACAACUGUGGUCCGACCCCGCGAGUCGACAAGUUUGCUUGCAAGAACUGUGGCCAGCCUGGUCACAAGGCCCAGGAGUGCCCCGAGCCUCCCAAUCCGGCUAAUGUCGACUGUCGAAAGUGUGGCGAGAAGGGCCACUUCUCCCGCGACUGCCCCCAGGGUGGUGGCGGCGGCGGUGCAUGUCACAACUGUGGUCAGGAGGGCCACAGAGCAAAGGAAUGCAGCGAGCCGAAGAAGCUCAUCUGCCGAAACUGUGACGAGGAGGGUCAUUCGAGCCGAGAGUGCCCGAAGCCUCGCGACUAUUCGCGUGUCAAAUGCUCUAACUGCGGCGAAAUGGGACACACAAAGGUCCGCUGCAAGCAGGCAAUUCCCAACCCCGACGCUGAUGAGGUUGGUAUGAAUACCGGUGCCUCCUUUGACGCUGCGGAGGCUGCGCUGGGUGAAGACAACCUCGGCGGUGACUUCGGCGGUGGAGAUGCUGCAGGCAACUGGAACGCCGGCGCUACUAGCGAUGGAGGCUGGUGA